AUGUCAAUAGCACCUCGCCGCUCCGCUCCCAGCGGCGGAGGGAGCUCCUCGGCGAACGCAACGAAUGUGGAGAUAUCCCUCCUCCCCGGUCUGAAGUCCUGCCUCGUCAACCUCCCCGCUCAACUGGUGGGAUUGCUGCAGAAUGCGAAUACAUUGGCGCAGAAUGUUAUUGUGGAAGUGCAAUUUCGACCGCCGCCUUCUUCGGGGUCGGAUGGGCGCAGUAAGAGCUCGGCUGUGCAGUCAGUGUAUAUGGGAUGGACAGGCAUGCAGUCACAGACACGAAUGGGGAGCUUGGUGGGUCGGGAUGGGGUCAGAGAGAGGGGAGAUAAAGAGGUCGCUGGGGUGGAGGUUGAUGCUACGUUUGGACGGAGGGUGGGGCUGGGGGAGGGUAUGAAGGCGAGCGUGGUGUUGCAUAUUGAUCCUCCACAAGCACAUACCGUGAAUAUCGAGCCGGUGACUGCUACGGACUGGGAGAUAAUCGAACUCCACUCCUCCUUUCUAGAAAUGAACUUCCUCUCCCAGAUUCGAGCCCUCCCUAACCCUUCCUCGUCCAGCGGCGCCUCGCACCCUCUGACUCUCCACCUCACACCGACUUCCACAGCGAAUAUCACUGUUACAUCCCUUACGCCUGCUCCCGCGAGUACGCAGCCAUUCGUCAAAAUCUCGCCCGACGCGGAGGUCAUCGUGGCGCCGAAGACUAGGCAGGCCCAACGGUCGUCGGCGAGUAAUGCCCGGGACAACAGGAGUACGGCGAGCAGAAGGAGCGGCGGUGGGAAGAGCGGAACAAGCGGCGUGCGUGCAAGGGGAGGCGAGGGAGACAAGAGUCGGCCACCGAUAUUCCUACGAGGCGUAACACGCGCCUUACAAAACGAGUGGUUCGAAGACGCAGGCGAAGAAAUGAAAGAUGAAGGAUUACGAAUCUGGCUGGACCGAGAACACCUCCUCUCCAAAACCCUUCGCGGCGUGACCUGGGUAGUCGUACAAAUCGUCAAACCCGCCGGUCUUCAAGAACCGGUUGACCCGCAAAGUCAAGCUCCCACCGACGCACAACCUGCAGCAAAAGUCGUGGCGAAGCUGUGUGCAUGGGAAGACGCACCAGAUAGUCGCCACGUCGCACUGUCAAGUCUGCUGUGUGCGACACUCCAAGCGGAAGGCGUGGUGGGUGGGAUCGUACGCAUUGAUCCUGCGCCUACACCUCUACCGCGCACGGCGUCAGCGUUGAAGGAGCCGUCACAGCAGCAGGCGAGUAAGGAUGCGAUAGUGAAGAGGUUGAGGGUGACGCCUUUUGCGGCGACGAUGGCGGAGAAGAAAGCUGCUGUUGGAGGGAUCAAAUUUGGAGGAGAGUCGAAGACGGAGAAGGAGGAGAGUGUUGCAAGAAUACGGACAAUUUUGGGGAAAUCUAUUCUCGAAGGACCGUUGACAGAUGGGAUGUUGUUACCUGCGAGGGAGGGGUGGACGGGUGGAAUCCUUGACUUUGAACCCGUACCGCCUGGUGAUCCGGCGAAAGCGAGGGUGAACUGGUUGCUGGGUGGGGAGAGGAAAUUGGAGAUAUCGCUGCAACCCGAAACGGCGAGAGGGAAGACUCCGCAGUGGCCGCCGGGAGAGAAGUUGGAGGAGGAAGUUCCGAGUAUGGUUGGCAUCGACGCGUUGAUCGAGUCGACGAGGAAGAGUCUGUUGCAUACGAGCUCGGUAUUAUUGACGGGUGGACUGGGGUCGGGGAAGAGUUCGGUCGCGCAAUUGCUGGCGCAUCAGCUGCGGAGCGAGUUCUUGUUUAAUGUGAUUUACUUUCCGUGUCGGAGGUUGGUGACGGAUGAGACGAGGGUGAAGACGAUCAAGGAUACGUUGAACCGAGUGUUUGCGUCGGCGUCUUGGGCAGCGAGAUUGGGUGGGCGGGCGUUGGUGAUCCUGGACGAUCUGGAUAAGUUGUGCCCUGUCGAAACGGAACUGGGACAGGACUCGAACGGACGGAGUCGACAGGUCAGCGAGUUGUUGUGUUCGACUGUCAGGGAGUGGUGUGGGCGUGACUCGAAUGUGGUAAUGCUGGCAACAGCGCAGAGCAAAGAAGCGGUGAACAAUAUUGUCAUUGGAGGGCAUGUCGUCAGAGACAUCGUUGCGCUGAAGGCACCGACGAAAGAUGGAAGGAGAAAGGUGUUGGAACAGCUUAUUCGGCAGGCGGUCAAGGCGAGGCAUACGGACAGUGCGGAGCCGGUAUUCAGGAAUGGGAACGAGUGGAUGGAAGGCUCCGAUGAAGGCAGUCGACCGACUUCAUCGCAUGCUGUCCCUGAGACUGCUGCCGGGUUUGACCCGGACUUGGACUUGCUGGACAUCGCCGGCCAGACAGACGGCUACAUGCCCGGCGAUCUCGCAUUACUCGUCUCCCGAACCCGCAGCGAAGCCCUCAUCCGCGCCGUCUCUUCCGACUCCGACGACGUCCGCUUAACAGCAGCAGACUUCACGGCCGCGUUGAAGGACUUCACGCCCGCCUCCCUCCGCGGAGUAACACUCCACUCCUCCACCACCACCUUUGCCAACAUCGGCGGCCUGUCCGAGACCCGCCAGACCCUCCUCGAAACUCUCCAAUACCCCACAACCUACGCCCCCCUCUUCGCCAAAUGUCCCCUCCGCCUCCGCUCAGGACUCCUCCUAUAUGGCUACCCCGGCUGCGGCAAAACUCUCCUCGCCUCCGCCGUAGCAGGCGAGUGCGGCCUGAAUUUCAUCUCCGUCAAAGGUCCCGAGAUCUUGAAUAAGUACAUCGGCGCGUCCGAAAAGUCCGUCCGAGACCUCUUCGAGCGGGCGGAAGCGGCGAAACCUUGUGUCCUCUUCUUCGACGAAUUCGACUCGAUUGCUCCGAAGAGAGGGCAUGAUUCCACCGGCGUGACGGAUCGAGUCGUCAACAUGCUUCUCACAAUGAUGGACGGCGCAGAAGGUCUUUCGGGCGUCUACGUGCUCGCCGCCACCUCUCGACCCGACCUCAUCGAUCCCGCGCUGCUGAGACCUGGACGCUUGGACAAAUCUCUCAUCUGCGACAUGCCCAACGUCUCCGACCGGCUCGACAUCCUCCGUGCGGUGAGCGGGCAGCUACAUAUCGACGGUUCAGUCACGGACGGUCCGCCCGGUCAAAACUUGCUCGAAGUCGCAAAGCGUACUGACGGCUAUUCGGGAGCGGAUCUGCAGGCGGUCAUGUACAACGCCCACUUGGACGCAAUUCACGACGUGCUGGACGCCGGUGCUGACCAGGAUUUCGGUAGCAAGAAGAAAGAUGGGAGUCGUCGUCCAAGCUCGAGUGAGGGAAGUGGGAAGCGGCAGCAGGAGUUUACGUACUUCCGUGCUGGAGAGGAGAAGAGCAGUGAAGGAGGAGAGACGCAAGGCGCAACAUUAGCAGCCCAGGCUGCAGAACGGGCUCAAAUCGCAGCGAAACUUUCCGCCCUGCAAGCGUCCCGCCGCAAAGCCAAAGCCGAACGGGAACGUGAACGAGGCGUCGCUUCGACGCAGAAGGGUGGACAGGAACCGGUGAUUUUCUGGCGGCAUUUGGUGAAGAGUUUGGAGACGACGCGGGCUUCGAUUUCGGCGACGGAGAGGAGGAGGUUGGCGAGGAUUUAUGGGGAAUUCGUGGUGGGUAGGAGUGGGGAUUUGCAGGAUGGGCAGGGGGGGACGGAGAUCGGGGGGAGGACGAGUUUGAUGUAG